GCCAUAUUCUUACUACGUGCCGCCUUCUCAUUUAAGUGUUUCUUUAACCGUAGUUUAAGAGACCUUUUGACUAUUUAUUUUUUGUAUCUCUCUUCUUUUUUUCCAGUAAUGCUGUUCUUUCAGAGGUCUCUGCUGCCUAUUUUUAAUGCGAGACAAAUACCCAGAAUUUUCAAUAGAAUACCCAGCAUACCGAGUGCAUUGAGUAUUCCAAAUGUUCGUUCUUUUCAAAAUUCGUCCAUUUUAAUGCGUACCCUAAACCAGUCUAUGAAAAAGAAGAACAAGAAUGCUUCAAACGCGAAGCAACAGCAGUCAUUAUCACUUGAAGGUGGACCCUUCAGACGCGGCGUGUGUACGCGUGUGUUUACAGUAAAGCCAAAGAAGCCAAACUCUGCUGUUCGUAAAGUUGCAAGAGUUCGUCUCUCUUCUGGCCGUUUUGUUACAGCCUAUAUCCCAGGAAUUGGUCACAAUGCUCAAGAGCAUGCUGUCGUGCUAGUUCGAGGAGGUAGAGCGCAAGAUUGUCCUGGUGUCCAGUAUCACAUUAUCCGAGGCGUGUACGACAUUGCUGGUGUUGUAGGACGUGUUUCUUCCAGGAGUAAAUACGGAGUGAAAAAACCAAAAACUACUUAAGCGUACAAUACGAAUAGUGGUCUGUAGAUGCAAAAAAGUUAAUCUCAAAAGAGAAAGGGGGUUAAUAUAUUUUUGUGAUGUUAACAAGAAUAGAGAAAAGUGUCUUUUGUUUGCUUGGCCCACAGUGAACUAAACACAACUUGGUGAAUGUGGUUCAAUGUUUGCUAUGAUGGAAGCGUGUCAAAUCCCUUUCGUUCGUUGUUAUACUCUUUUUAUUAAUUAAUUUUUAACGGAAAGAUUACUGUAGAUAUGUUGCAAGUACGGAGACUGAAAACUCUUGCCCCCUUUAUUUGUUUUCUUAAUUAUAUCUAUUUUUUUUGAGAAGAACCAUAUUACAACAAUGUAUUCAAAGUAUUUAUAUGUA